AGGUUUCUACGUUCUGCUGGAGGACCCAGCAGUUGUGUCUAUAUCACAUCUACUCGGUUAUUACCGUUAUUUCCCGCAUCUUUUCUCGGCAUGCAGCCGCUGGUCGCAACACCAGAAGAGGGGAGUUCAACUUCGUCGAAGGUUUCCCCGACACAGCGAGCUCUCCAGGUGAUGGGAAUCUCACUCUUCCUCAUGACCUUGGUGCAGACCUACGUUACAAUUAUUGGGCUGGCAUCGCGCUAUUGUACUCAAGAAUACGACAUCCUGGUUGCUGGGCCCUUAGUCGUCUUGAUUUGUGGAUUUGGCGUCAAUGGGGCCCUUGGAGCCUGGCACUAUGGACUUCAGCAGCCUUUUCUGGCAGUCUUGUCAACUUUUGGCCUCGAGUUCUUUUACGUCACUUUGAAACAUGCGAAUUCACUUCGCCAGUGCCGUCCCAUUGAAGACUUGGACAGGUUGCAACUGCGCUUUGGAAUUUGGCGAUCAUUGCCCUUUGCUGCAAUGACAUUUGCCCUUUCCUUGAGGAGCAUCCUUGAGUUGACUCUAUGCACAGCUCCUGCCACCUUGUCAGUUAUUGGCCAAGGACUCCAGGUGAAUAAUACACUUGAGUGGACAAAAGCGAUUCGCGACAAUGACAUAACUGUUGAGAGACUCACUCGCUUUCAUGCAUUUCGUGAAGAUAUGAAUAUGUCAGGAGUAGGUGACGCAGAACUUCAAGAAUUUCGAGAAAAGUUUGCUUCACUGCAUGAUUCUCUGGUUGGUGCAUUUUGGAAAAGUUGCCACUGCUACAAAUCAAAAUGGAAACUAAAGACAGGGACUUUCCGUGAAGACAGAUCCUCUCGAUGGGCCUUCAGCUUCUUCGUGACAGAAGAUGAUGAUGAACUAGGUGGCAUAGCACAAGGCAAAACUUUAGCAGGAAAUAUUCUUUUUAAUGAGAUGAUUCUUGACAGGCUCAAGAUGCUGAAUGAGAGUGCCAUCGAGAAGAUUAAAGGAAAGAUUGCAGAUUUGGCGCCGAUCUUCGUCACUGGUUGGAAGGAUGCUCUCAAAUCCCUUGCUCUUCAAACCGCUUCUUGGCCGAAGAUCGUCGACACGAUCUGGAAGAAGCUUGAGUCUCCCCAGAGCAAAUUCCGCAAGCACGGACCCUUUGAAGCUGCUACAUUUUUGGAACAGUCAAGAGCUUAUCCAUUGCCACUACUUGGAUGGGAAGGGAACUGGGACCUUGCCAAAUCUAGCCUUGGACUUUUGACUUCAGUAAUGCCUGUGGUCAAAUAUGUGCGCAAGAGGAGGCAAGUGAACUUUCUUUGGGUGGUUUCCCACGCCAUUGUGGACAUGAUACUCCUGGUGCAAACAGCUAUUUGCUGCAUCACUGCAACAAGUGCCGCCCAUGCUGCAGGUGCGUUUCAAGCCGUUGCUCAGGCAAUGGUGGAGCAGAUUGUAAAGGGUGUUGCAUCACAUCAAGCUGAAUCUGAAUUUGGUGAGGCUUAUAAAACUGGGACUCAGACAAAAACUGCACAAGCCAUGCGUCAAAUGUUGGUGAGGACAGUCACUCAGGAAGCUGAACACUUGGGAAUCCAAUUGACCAGUGCAGCAUCUGACCUUAUGAUCAGCCCCUCACAACUUCUUGCCGCAGCACUCACAAUCUUUGGCUUUUGCAUAAUUUCAGCUGGACUAAGCCAUCACCUCUUGAAAGCUCCCCUCUCGGUACAAGAACACAUGAAUGCAAGCGUCUGUGGGCCAUUGUGCUUCUUGGGUGCUUCCGCUGAAUACACAAAGGUGUGUGACACAGUGAGAACCUUGAUCUUGCUGCGCAGUAUGUUGAUGACUACGAUCUUGUGUGUAGCUUGGAUAGUUGCGACGUCCUUGUCCGAAGUUCCGAUGGAUUUUAGUAUUCGAUUUUAUCCUGCGCUGAUGCUCAAUAGAUCUACUUGGUGUGUUACCCUCUGCGCCAUUUGGACUACGGCGUGUGUUCUUCAUUUCGUGUCCGGCUACCUUGCGGUCUAUGCAGUGGAAGUAAGCGAGGAGGACAAAGAAGAUGCAGAUCCAGAUGGUUUUGACUACGAAGGCCUUGCCAGUGCAAUUGAAAAAUCUCAAGAGCCUCGCCCACCUGUCGUGAACGCUGCAUAUGGAACUUUUACGCAUCCCUGACCUUCGGACCAUUCAGCUCGGCGGGGGGAAAA